AUGCCCUCAAAGGGAAGAGCGAGCUCGCCGGCUGGCUUGCCCCCGCGCUCAGCCGAGGAAUCGUGGGACGAGCACAUUGAUGCUGUGCUUUCUGAGCUGCAACAGCUAUACUUUGAGCGUAUUCGCCCCGUCGAGAAGAAGUUUCAGUAUGACGUCUUUCGACCCUCUUGGUUCUCCGAGGCAAUUGUGCAAAAGAAACCAUUUGUGACGUUUUUGGGUCCUUUUUCCGCAGGGAAGUCUACGUUUAUUAACUACUUGCUGCAAAGCAACCACCUCCUAACGGGGCCGCAGCCAGUAACGGACAAGUUCACGGUGAUUAUGCACGGUGAGGAGAUUCAGCAGGUCCCUGGACGUGUACUUAUGGCGGAUAGUUCACAGCCAUUUCGCGGGCUCAGUCAGUUUGGUGACACCUUCGCGGAGGUAUUUCAAGGCUUGCUUGUGCCGCACCCCCUUUUGCAGUCGGUGUCGCUGAUCGACACCCCGGGUGUACUAGAGGCGGCGGGCGAUAUUCACUCGCGGCGGUACGACUACGUUAAGAUUUGCCGGUGGUUUGUCGAAAAGAGCGACCUUGUGUUUCUUCUUUUUGACCCGACCAAGUUGGAUGCAGGGAUGGAGCUUCGGAUGUUGUUUAAGCACGCCCUGUGUGGUCACGAAAGCAAAAUACGCAUUGUGUUAAACAAAGCAGACUCGGUGGGGCCACAGGAGCUGAUGCGUGUCUACGGCGCUCUGUUUUGGAAUCUCUCCAGCCUUAUAUGUUCGACGGAACCACCGCGUGUGUACGUUUCCAGUUUUUGGGACCAGCCAUAUAGAAAAGGCACCGACCAUAAUCUCUUUACAGACGAAAAGUCCGAUCUACUCUACGAUCUGACGGAAGUAGUGCCGCUGCAGUCCCUUGAUCAGCGUGUCACCUCAGUGAUGCAGCGGGCGAAGCUGGUUCUCAUCUUUGCACUCUUGUGCGCCACCUACAAGUCCCGCUUGCCUUGGCUGAUGGGAAAAGAUAAGGCUCGUGCAGAGUUCCUUGCACAGCUGCCGCAGAUUGCAGAGGACCUCGCAAGUACGUACCGUCUGGGCGUAACCGACUUUCCCACCCGUGAGGAGAUGGUGGCGUUCUUGUCAAAGAUCCGAGCGGAAGAAUUUUACGAUAUGAAUCGCCUGCGAAAGAAGGGGUGGCCAAACUUGCUAAAGCAGACGAUUGAAGAGGAUCUGCCUAUGCUUCUUAAGCCGAUCAAACAAAGCGCCGUGGUAGACCCACGCGACCGCAAACACGCCAUUAUGAUGCAGCGUAAUUACAUCAAGCAAAUGUCAGAUCAAUUGGCGGGUCAGCGUGGGAAACAAGGUGGACUGGGCCAGCAGCAGAUUUCAGAACACCGUGCUCAAACCAUGCCGAAUGCUGCUUUUCUGACCGCCGCCCUUAGUUCCUCUAUGCAAGUGCCACAACAAGCUUCAUCCCCGCAAUUGACGCCAGAUCAAAUGACAAUGAUGAUGCAGAUGAUGCAGAACAUGAUGAUGCAGUCACAGCCGCAGCCGCAGCCACAAUUGCUGCAGAUAGAGCAAGCUCCCACGCAGCAGUUGACGCCAGAUCAAAUGGCAAUGAUGAUGCAAUACAUGUCCUCCCAGAAUCAGCAGCGGUAA